CGGCGGCGGCGCGCGGGCGCGGCACCCGGAAGUCUGUGGCGGCGGAGGCGACUGUGUGGCCCCGUGUGAACAAAGCUGCUCUCAGGGACCCAUGUGCAUCAUCUUCUUUAAGUUUGAUCCUCGCCCUGUUUCCAAAAAUGCUUACAGGCUCAUCCUGGCGGCCAACAGGGAUGAAUUUUACCACAGACCAUCCAAGUUAGCAGACUUCUGGGGGAACAACAAUGAGGUCCUCAGUGGACUUGACAUGGAGGAAGGCAAGGAAGGAGGCACGUGGCUGGGCAUUAGCACACGGGGGAAGCUGGCCGCGCUCACCAACUACCUGCAACCACGGCAGGACCGGGAUGCCCGGGGCCGAGGUGAACUUGUGACCCACUUUCUGACUACAGACAUGGACAGCUUGUCCUACUUGAAGAAGGUCUCUGCGGAGGGCCACCUGUACAACGGCUUUAACCUCAUAGCAGCUGACCUGAGCACAGAGAAGGGAGAUGUCGUUUGCUACUAUGGAAACCGGGGGGAGCCUGAGCCUGUCGUCCUGGCACCAGGGACCUAUGGACUAAGCAAUGCACUGCUGGAGACACCCUGGAGGAAGCUGUGCUUUGGAAAGCAGCUCUUCCUGGAGGCCGUGGAGCGGAGCCAGGAGCUGCCCAAGGAUGCCCUCAUCGCCCAGCUCCUGCACGUGCUCAACAAUGAUGAGGCGCAGCUGCCAGAUCCAGCUAUUGAGGACCAGGGCAGGGAGUAUGUGCAGCCCUUUCUGAGCAAGUACGCAGCUGUGUGUGUGCGCUGCCCAGGCUAUGGCACCAGAACCAACACAGUCAUCCUCGUGGAUGCGGACGGGCAUGUGACCUUCACAGAACGUAGCAUGCUGGACAAGGACCCCUCCUGCUGGGAGACCAGCACCCACGAGUUCAAGCUGCAGAGCUAACCCUUCCCCCUGGAUGUGGCCACUGGGCUCCAGGAAGGCCCUGCCUCAAGGGCUAGUAUGGAUAGGAAUUAUCACAUGUACUGCCUGUGACUUGGCCAGCAUCCCCCAGGACCAGGGUCCUCUGGUGUUUGUGUGACCUGUCUGUGUUGUCAUGUCCAGCUCAGGGUCCACCCUCAUGCCAGUGGGAGUGACAGAGUCACAUGGCCAGGUCUGAGGGGGGCUCAGGUGUGCUAUGCAUGUGUGAAGGCACCUGGGCCUACCCCCUGCCCAAGCACAGAGGCACAUACUCAAGGCACAUGUUUCCACGCAUACCUGCAGGUGCAUGGUCACACACACACACGCACAUGCACAUAUGAGCAACAGAGAGGUACACACACACACUCCCAGGCAUACCCACACAUGCGUGCCACACAGGCAGAGGUGUGCCUCUCACAUCCACAUGUGCUUCUGGCUAGUGGGUCUUUGCUUUGACCAAAACAACAGGAGUAGACUGUUGUUUAAGAGUGGCUCCUCUCCUGGGUGUAGUCCACUUCUGGACAACCAGACUUGCUCUUAGAGAGGAGAGGCCCCAUUUGGAAUGAGAAAUGAGAACAACUCCAGAAGAACCUGCUUUCAUAACAGAAGCACCGCCUGGUUGGUUGUCCUUUGUGCUCUGGGGGAUCUCCUAUGUGCAUGGGGUGGUCCUGUGGGGGAGGGGAGCGGUCUUGCAUGCACCAGGGGUCCUGUGUAUGCUGAAACACUUUGCCAGGCUCUCAGGCACCUACUUGCCUGCCCACUGGGGUCAUGGGUCCUGAGCAGGCCCAUCUCAGCGAUGGGACACAGCCAACCCUUUCUAUUUCCCUUCUCCUUGGGGAGUCGGACUUCAUAGGAAUCUGUCCUUGAACAUGAGACCUUGAUAAUAAAACUCUGAGGUGUGGUGA